AAUACAAAGUGUCUGUCUUUGAAAUAAAUGAAAUAAAUACACAAAUAUAAAUACAUAUCGUACAAAAUAUGGUGACCUCAUCAAGAAGACCAUCCACGAGGCGAUCCACUUCUCUUUAUAGUCGAUCUAGACAAGAAAUACCGCCAAAAGUAUAUGGUCCACCUUCUGACGUUAGUGAACUAGAAUCUGACGAAUCUGUACCUUCUGAAGAAGACGAAGAAGAAAGAAAUAAGUUAGAAGACGCUACAUAUCAGUCGGAAGAAGACGAAAUGGACGAGGAACAGGAUAUGAUGGAAGAAGAGUUGGAAGAGGAAGAGGAAGAAAAUGAACAGGUUGAAGAACCUGAGGAAGAUAUUGAAGGGGAAAUAGAGCAAAUUGAUGACAUAGAUGUAGAAGUAGAAGAAAUUGAUGAUGUUGAUGAUGCUACUCCUGUCGAUGAUGAAGAAGAUUUUGAGGCAGAGGAGGAAGAGAGCGACGAGGUGGAUGAGGAUGAAGAUGAAGAAGAGGAUGAAGAACAAAGUGAUUAUGAAGAGGAAGUUACUACCAGAAAAACAAGAGGAGGAUCACAACGAAGUCAGCAAGGUCAAAAACAACAAUCCUCAUCUUUAAAAGGAAAACUAAAAAUACAACCUGAAAAACAACCAUCUUCAAGGAAAAGAGGUAUCAUUGCUGAACCGUCUUCAUAUGGUCACCAAAUACUUACAAAAAGACAGAGAGCAAAACUUAAUGAAAAUUACCAGCAGGAUUUACUACAGCUUCCAAUGGAACCAAUGAAAAAGAAACAUAUGACAGAAGAAGAAAUUGCUUUAAAAAAAUCUGAAAUCGCAAGACGAAGGAAACAUCAGAGUAUACAGCGCGCUGAACAGGACAAGAUGGACACUAUAAAUCGCCUCUUAAAGAAGCAAACUACAAAGAGACGAACAAAGGAUCAAGAAGAUACGGAUAGUGUACAUAAUGACACUAAUAGUUCUAGUAUAUUGCCACCUUCAUCGUUUCAUUAUGUGAACAAUGCCGAGGGAGCAACUUUGUCAAUUCCAGCAGGGGUUGAAAUACCAAUACGGUUUGGAAAGGGUCCAAAAUAUCCUCCUCCUAUACCAGAUUGUGCGUUCCCUGGCUGUAAUGUUCCAAAAAAAUAUCGUAGUGUCAAAACCUUUGAAUAUGCUUGUUCAAUGGAUCAUUUACAUAAAUUAGAAUCUAGAGGAUAGAUAUUAGCAAGGAAUUUUACGAAUGGUUUAAUUCUGCUUAAUUACUUCAUAUUUGACUUCCGGGAUGUCAUUUAAUUUAAAAAUUUACAUUAAAUAGCUUUAAUAUAUUUAAUAUUAACAUUGUAAAAUAAUUAUUUAAAUGUGAAGAUUCAAUUAUAACUUUAAAUUAGAAAGCAUUUAUAAUGAAAACCAAUCCAGUACUUUUUCUCCAAUAUCCACGGUAUAUAGUACAAAGGAGGUAUUACAGCAUGGGGGCAGGACAAUCCAUAAUUAUGGGACGAAUGUAUAGGUAGAAAAACACGUAACGUAAUUGUUAAGUCGGUUUGAUUGAUUUAGCAAUAUAAAAUCAAAUUUUAAUAUUCGAUAUAUGCAUAAUAAAUAAUUCUUAUUAGUGAAUAAAUGAAAUAAACAAAUAACAGUUUAUUUUCCUAA